UCGUAAUCACAAUCACAAUCGAAGCCCAGAUAAUUCUUCACAUAUUGUGAUAGGAAAAAUAUCCUCACUUUUCUACAAAACCAGACGAAGCUAAAGAGUGGCUCCGAUUUCACCCUAACCAACCAUCUCGCAUCUCGCAUCUCGCAUCUCGCAUCUCGCAUCUUGCAUCUUGCAUAUUGCAUCUUGCAUCGAUCGCGAUUCCACCAUCGGAAUCUGGAAGCGAUGUCAACCUCGAGCCAGCACCAGUUCCGAUACACUCAGACCCCCUCGAAGGUUCUGCACCUUCGCAACCUCCCCUGGGAAUGCUCCGAGGAGGAACUCAAAGAGCUCUGCAAGCCCUUUGGUAAGAUCGUCAACACCAAGUGCAAUGUCGGCGCCAAUCGCAACCAGGCUUUUGUUGAAUUUGUAGAUCUAAAUCAAGCCAUUUCAAUGGUUUCCUAUUAUGCUUCAUCUUCAGAACCUGCUAUGGUUCGUGGCAAAACUGUUUAUAUUCAGUAUUCUAAUAGACAUGAAAUUGUCAACAACAAAAGUCCUGGAGAUAUUCCUGGAAAUGUCUUGCUGGUAACUAUUGAAGGUGUGGAAGCUGGGGACGUAAGCAUUGAUGUUAUCCAUUUGGUGUUUUCUGCUUUUGGCUUUGUUCACAAAAUCGCAACAUUUGAAAAGACUGCAGGUUUCCAGGCUCUGAUUCAGUUCACUGAUGCUGAAACUGCUUCUGCUGCUAGGGAUGCACUGGAUGGAAGAAGCAUACCAAGAUACCUACUUCCAGCCCAUGUUGGUUCUUGUAAUUUACGUAUUUCAUACUCAGCACAUAAAGAUCUGAAUAUCAAAUUCCAAUCAAAUCGCAGCAGGGACUACACAAAUCCUAUGCUUCCCGUUAACUAUACUGCUAUUGAAGGGACAGUACAGACGGCUAUAGGCCCAGAUGGGAAGAGGAAAGAACCUGAAAGCAAUGUGCUUUUGGCUUCCAUUGAAAAUAUGCAGUAUGCUGUUACUGUUGAUGUCCUUCAUACUGUCUUCUCUGCAUUUGGAACUGUCCAGAAAAUUGCUAUAUUUGAAAAGAAUGGUCAAACUCAGGCACUAAUUCAGUACCCUGAUGUAAUUACGGCAGCAGCUGCUAGAGAAGCUUUAGAGGGGCAUUGCAUAUAUGAUGGUGGCUAUUGUAAGCUUCAUCUAUCAUACUCUCGUCAUACUGAUCUCAAUGUAAAGGCUUUCAGUGACAAAAGUAGAGACUAUACCGUGCCAGAUCCUAGCCUGCUUGCAGCCCAAGGUUCUGCAACAGCUUGGCAAAAUCCACAGGCUGCACCCAUGUACCCUGGCAAUGGUCCUGCUUAUCACACUCAAGUUCCUGGUGGCCAAGUGCCAUCAUGGGAUCCAUCCCUCCAGGCGGUUAGACCUAGUUACAUAUCUGCACCUGGUACUUUUCCUGUACAAACAGGUACCGUUCCUCCAAUGCCAUCUUAUGCUCCAGCAGCAGCCAUGCCCGCAGCUUCCUCACCUCUUGCACAAAGCAGCCCCAUUGGUCAUAAUGCAAAUCCAAUGGGAAUCUCUCAGUCUGGGGUUCCACCCAAUGUAAAUUUACAGCCCAGUGGCGCUCCUGGUUCCUCACCUAUCAUGCAGACCAGCCAAGCGGCUCAACCAAAUGCAAGACCUGAUGGUGCUUCACCUCCUGGUCAACAUUAUUAUGCUUAGAAAGCCAGUUUUACAGUUUUACUGUCACAUGAAUGAAAGGAAAAUGGUUUUGGGGGGAAGAAGAAUGAUAGUAUGAUAAAUUUGGAAACUUCAUCAGGCAUCAUCAUCGUUGUUUUUGAAUGAUGUAAUUUUAUUUGCAAAGAAAGCUCCGAAAUAGUUGAUCUCUUAC